AUGUCUUCGUCUCGUGUACUGGCCUGCACGGCAAGCGCUGCGCUUCGAACACAUGUGUCUGCGUUCUGCCGUGCGCGACAGCUGCUGCCGGUCGGCCAAAGCAAUGUCUUUUGCCCGCCAAAAGCAGCACGAGCGUACUUGCGUCUGGAGAAGGCUGGACAGACAGAUGUGAAGACACAGCGCGCCAGGCUUGAUACGCAAGCCCGACGCAAGUUCUUCGGGAUCACAAGGGAGCAGAAGGUCUUGCUUCUGGAGGUCGAUGUGGCCGAGGCCAUUUACCAAGAGUUCAUCGCGAACAAAGACCGCAAGCAAUACGGGGCAAUAAUCGAGCAAUUGAUGAAGAAGUACAACGUCACGUCUGAGCAAAUCUCCGGCCUCGCCCUAGUAAUCUUCUCCGUAUCAGACCGCGCCCCCGCAGCAGCAAACUUCCCCCCCAGCCCGCACAAAUCCAACGCCGCCCUGCUCCUCCAAGGCUGCGCUCAACUCAACGACCCCCUCGCCCUCAAACACCUCCUCACCGCCGUCUACCUCAGCACCUACACCGCCUCCCCCCGAUCCAGCGCCCACACCCUGGCCUCCCACGUCCCCCGCGCCGCCAUCCCCACCUACCGCACCGCCCUCGCCUCCCUCACGCUCGCCGGCCAAACCGACCCCGAAGCCCUCACCCUCACCGGCCUGUUCCUGGAGCGCGAAGCCCAGCCCGCGCGCGCACGCACCUGCUACGAGCGCGCCCUCGCGCAGCCCUGGAUCUUCGCGCACGCCCCGCACGCGCGCCACCCAAUGCAGCACCCCGUCGUCCCGCCGUGGCUCGCGCUGGGCUACCUGCUCUCCGCGUCCCCCGACGCCGCGGCGCGCGCACAAGCAACUGCGGUCUUCGAGCGAGGCGCACGGGAGGCCGAUGAUCCCCUCGCGUGCUACGAGUUCGCGGCAAGGCUGCCGCGGGAUAGCGCGGCGUGGCUCAGGUUCAUGAGUAAGGCGGCGGCGUCGGGGCAUGGUGGGGCGAUGCUGGCGCUGGCGCGGUUUUAUCGGGGGGUUGCGGCGGGCGAGGUGCAGACUGGGGCGCUGAGGGGGGCGCUGGCGUGGUUGUUGAGGUGGCGGAAGGGCGCGGCGGAGCGGUUGGCGGCAGAGUGGUAUGUGGUGGCGGGACGGCGGGGGCAGGAGGGCGCGGAGGAGGAGUUGGCGGAGUGGCGGGGGACGGGGGCUGGGAAGGUUGGUGGGAGGGCGGCGUGA